CUUACAGGAGAGAGGGGGGAGGGGUUAAAUUCCAAAGUCGUCGUCUUCUACCUCCAAGAUCCAAUUAAAGUUUUACUAGAAGUUAAUGGAAUUUAGAAGUAAGAUGCUGCAAACUUUGUACCAAACACGGCCAGUCAGCAACAUUACCUGGUUUGACAGAUGUGAUCACUUGGGAGCUGAACCUAGCCUGUUUGCCUGCCUCAAACAGCUGUUGAACACCUUUCUAGCUACACAAUAGCUGUGGAAAUGAAGUCUCGCUGCUUUGUCUUGAAAUGCCUUUUCAUCUGUACAGUCUGUGCUCAGCUCUGUCAGACUCCGUGCUACUGCCCUUGGCUCCCUCCCCGUUGCCCGCCAGGCUCCCCCAUGGUUCUGGAUGGAUGCGGGUGCUGCAAUAUAUGCGCUCGCAGGCUGGGAGAGCCCUGCAACUACCUUCACGUGUGUGAUCAGAGCCAGGGUCUUGUCUGUGAUUACAGCACUGCUCCUGUGGGGAGAGGUGGCGGCACCUGCAAUUAUGAGGAGGGAGAUGACAGCUGCGAACUGAAUGGGAAGAUCUAUCGGGAUGGUGAAGCAUUCCAGCCAAGCUGUAAACUACAGUGCUAUUGCUCAGGGGGAGGUGUGACAUGUGUCCACCUCUGCAGCGAGGAUGUCCGCCUCCCCAGUCCAGACUGCCCCCAUCCAAGACGUGUGGAAGUCCCAGGGAAGUGUUGUCCGGAAUGGAUUUGUGACAGACAAGAUAGACAGAUCUUUCAAGAUGCCAUGGCAGCACAAAGGCUGCCUGGAACUGCGCCUGUAGCUUUCCCCUUUGCAUGUGAGGAAUGGAGCACAGCCUGGUCAGCUUGUUCUACGACCUGUAACAUGGGCAUUUCAACACGAGUAUCUAACCAGAAUGUGUACUGCAGGCUGGAGACUCAGAGACGCUUGUGCUUCCUCAGACCUUGCUUAGGUCUUGCGAGAACUGCCAGUAUGAGAGGAAGAGGAAACCAGUUGUGAACUGAUUCACUCCAUCAAGAAGUUGGUAUAUUGGACUUAUCCCAGCAUCUGGAUUGGCACAAGCCCAAGAGGCUCUUGUUUCUGUGGUGAUGGGAGCAUUGCCGGGGAACAGGGAGAAGAAAUGACUGGCCUUAACUGGAAAGGAGUAAGAAGACUAAAGACUAAACCCCUCAUCAUGGCUGACAUGUGUCUUCCUCCCCUUGAUUCCACUGCAAUUACACUAGACAAUGUUAUCUUUUAGUGAGGACAGCCAGGGCAUAGGUUUUAUACUGUACAAUGCUGAUGUGUUUAUUACCAGCUUGUGGCUACUAUUAUAAAUCAACCCAUUGGGAAGGGGGGAGAGCAAGACAUGAUGCUUUGCAGCUGCCGUAAUUCAAGAAAACAUGUCCUGUUAUUCUCUUUGUGUUAUCACUGAAGAAUAAUUCUGGUGAGCUUGCAGCUAAAGGAGUUGCCAUUUUUUUACACCUUAGGUUGUUUCUUAGAAAUAAAUAAAUAAAUGAAUGCAAUCA